GGAGGUUUAAGCCGCAGAGCAAGAGAAGGUGUGGCCUCGGUUGCUAAGAAGCGGCUUGGGGAUAGCUCGUGUCGCUAGUCGAGUUUUCUUUCUCCGUUUUGUUGUAAUCGCGGCCGGGAAGGCGGAGGUGGCUGGACCAUGAGUCAAGAUGAAAGAUUUGCUUUCAUUGCAGAAUGGUAUGAUGCAAAUGCUUCACUUUUUCGACGUUAUGAGCUUUUGUAUUACCCUAAAGAUGGAUCAGUGGAAAUGUAUGACAUGAAGAAUCGCUUCAGAUUCUUAAAUCGCACUAAAUAUGAAGAUCUGAAUUUUAAAGAUUUCUUUGUGGGCAACAGAAUUACUAUUUUUUCACGCCACCUCAAUUUGGUGGACUAUGCAGAUCAAUAUACCUCUCGCGUGUUGGGCAGUUGCAAAGAAAGAACCUUGGCAUUAUUAAAACCAGAUGUAGCACUCAGACUUGGAGAAAUUAUUGAUAUGAUUAUUAAUUCUGGUUUUACAAUAACAAAGGCUAAAAUGGUGAAACUUACAAGGGGAGAAGCAAUGGAUUUACACGCAGACCAUCAAGCUAAGCCUUACUACAAUGAGCUUCUUGAGUUUAUUACAAGUGGCCCUGUUGUUGCCAUGGAGAUUUUGGGAGAUGAUGCCAUAGGCAGAUGGAAACAAUUAUUAGGACCCGCAAAUUCAGUUGUAGCCCGAACCGAUGCUCCAAACAGCAUUAGAGCACGUUUUGGAAGUGACAACAUAAGAAAUGUGGCUCAUGGCCCUGAUUCCUUUGCCUCUGCUGCUAGUGAACUGGAAUUAUUCUUUCCUUCCAAUGGAGGCCGUGGACCCGCAGGCACUGCAAACUAUACACAUUGUACUUGCUGUGUUAUUAAACCUCAUGCAAUUAAAGAAGGUCUAGCUGGAAAGAUUAUAAAAGCAAUUCUUGAUGGAGGAUUUGAUAUCUCAGCCUUGCAGAUGUUCUAUAUGGACCGAGCAAAUGCAGAAGAAUUCUAUGCAGUCUACAAAGGUGUUGUUGCUGAAUAUUCUGAGAUGGUUGUAGAACUCUAUUCAGGACCUUGUAUAGCUCUAGAGAUUCGACAGGUAGAUCCUGAAAAAGUGUUCAGAGACUACUGUGGCCCUUCUGAUCCUGUAAGUAACUUAUUAAGCAACUUAUAACAAAAUAAGACUGAU